ACGCUCGUUGAGACCCAGUUUUGAGCUCCAACUCCACGAAAUGGAGCCCUCAGGUGCAGGUGCUUCUUCUGCAUCUCCUCCAUCUCCAAUCCCUCCGGCUUGGCCGUGUCCGACUCCCGCUCUUCCGCUUCCGGUGGUGGUCGUGGCCAGCCCUUGCGCGGCGUGCAAGGCAUUGAGGAGGAGAUGCUCGGAGAGCUGCGUGUUGGCCCCGUACUUCCCUCCCUCGGACCCCGCCAAGUUCGCGAUCGCCCACCGCGUGUUCGGCGCUAGCAACAUUGUCAAGUCCUUGCUGGCACUUCCCGAAUCGCAAAGAGACGAUGCAGUGAGCAGCAUGAUUUACGAGGCCGGUACGAGGAUUCGAGACCCUGUCUACGGAUGUGCCGGGGCCAUCAGCCAACUCCAGACGCAAAUCAGCCAACUCCAAGCGCAGCUUGCCAAGUCGGAAGCUGAGCUCAUGAGCAUGCAAGUCCAACUUGCUAGUCUCGUGGAACAACUGCAACUGACCAAUUCUCAGGACUCGUCGUCGCACCAGUCCCUCGAGAUUCUCCUGAAUAGUCCGUUCGACGACUACCAAAUCCAAAUCGACUCGUGCUUCGAUGAAUAUAGUGGCUUUGGCUCAUUUUGCGAGCCUCUCUGGACAUGA